AUGGUUAUCAACCAGAAGUACGUGGAGCCCGCUGCGGUCCCCGUCAUGGACUUCGAGGCAAUCCGUGCCAGUACCGGGGAUAAGCGAAAGGAAUACUUGCGCCAGAUCGAUGGGGCGCUUAGCCAUCAUGGUGCCAUCUACGUUAUCAAUCACAGCAUUGGGACCGACGUAGUUGAUGAAGCGUUGGCGUGG